AUGGCCAUCUCCGACUCGCUUUCCCCCGAACCGCAGCAGCUGCUAUGUCUCACCAUUACUGCGUAUCGCAAACCCGGGAUGAGCGAGGCGGCCUACCGAGAGUACAUGACCAAGACCCACGCUCCCUUGGUCAGCGGCCUCAUGGAAGAGUAUGGCAUUGUUCGGUACAACAUGACCCACAACAACAGUAAAAGUCGGCCAUUGCUGUUCCAGCUGUACGACCCCGAGUUCUCCAAGCUGUCCGACUAUGAUUGCAUUGUUCAAUUCGUGUUCCGUCGCAUGGAGGAUUUUCUGCGGAUGAAAAGUGACCCGCGCUUCUUGGAGAAGGUGGCCCCUGAUCACCAAAAGUUUGCCGACACUGCGAGAUCCACCAUGACCAUUGGCUAUUUUGAAGAAUUUCUGGAGAAUGGCAAGGUUGUACCUAAAUAA